ACAUAAGGGAUACACGCAGGAUCCUGGCUCCUUGCUGUAUUAUGUUGUGGCAUUCAGUCAGUCAACGAAGUCACUUCCGCCGCUCGGUUUUAUUUCAGUUGAUUUCAGUUUGAGCUCGGAGUUCGGGGCACGCGACACGAAAUUCUUUCCAACUUUCCAACUAUCCAACUACCAACCAACGUGGAUAAUUCUUCUUUUUUUUUUUUAUUACGAAACUAUAACUAAAAUCGAAAUCGGUAUGGCUGCCUUGAGCUUUAGUCCUUCGCCGCCACCACCCACUGGAGUCAGCGCCAAGGAGUCCAAGGAGAAUGCCACGGGCUUGAAGGCGACUCUGAAGCCCUUCGGCAAGAUCACCGUUCACAAUGUCCUGUCGGAGAGUGGGGCCAAUGCCCUGCAACAGCACAUCGCCAAUCAGAACACGAUUAUUCGUAAAAUCCGGGACUUUGGGAUGCUGGGAGCAGUGCAAAGUGCCGCCAAUAGCACCAACAGUAAUGCCAACAUCACGACCCAACGGAAGCGACCGCUGGGCGAGUCCAACAAGCAGAAUCUUCAGAAUCAGCAGCAGAAUCUUCAGAAUCUUCAAAAUCUACAGAAUCUACAGAGUCUACAGCCCACUAAGGCCAAACGCAUGAAGAACUCCAAGAAGGCCAACCAAGAAAAGCCACCAAAGGCCGCAGUUGCCAUCAAAACAGUUCCGAAUCCCGUUCCCCAGCCGAAUCCUGGCGAGGAUCUGACUAUCAAGGCGGCUGGAACCCCAGGACGCAAGGGCCUGCCCCUGCCCCAGGCAGUGGCCAGGAGGAAUGCCCGGGAGAGGAACCGGGUGAAGCAAGUCAACAAUGGCUUCGCCCUCUUGAGGCAAAAGAUUCCCGAGGAGGUGUCCGAGGCUUUCGAGGCCCAGGGCGCUGGACGAGGCGCCAGCAAGAAACUCUCCAAGGUGGAGACUCUUCGCAUGGCAGUGGAGUACAUCAGGUCCUUGGAGAAACUGCUGGGCUUUGAUUUUCCGCCGCUGGGAAGUCAAGCCAAUAGUUCUGGGUCCGGGGAUGACAGUUUCAUGUUCAUUAAGGACGAGUUCGAGGGCUUGGACGAGCACUUUGACGAUUCCCUGAGCAACUACGAGAUGGAGGAGCCCCAGCAGACGCCAAUAUCGAUGCCGGAGCCCUCGCAGGACAUUCUGCCGAGCCUGACUAGCAUUAACGGGAUGCAGUACAUAAGGAUACCGGGUACGAACACCUACCAAUUGCUAACGGCGGACAUACUGAGUGAGUUGCCAGGUGCAACAUCGGCAUCUGCAGCGGCGACACCAACAAUAACAACAACAACAACGACGACUGGCAACUUAUCGCGAUCGCCCGUGCCACACGACAGCAGCAACAUGAGCAACAACAGCCCCUGCUCAUCGCCACUGGUGGAGGGGCACGUUUCACCUGCCACCAAUGAGUUGCUGUUGCAGGCGUGUGCCGCUCAGCUGCAACAGCAACUGAUCAAGCAGGAAUACACCAACACUCUCACCAACAACAAUUCCAACAGCAAUAACAACACUCUCAAUAGCAACAAUAUCAACAACAAUCUCAACAACAGCAACUCCAACAAUUCCAAUCACAAUUCUAACACAAAUUCCCCCAACUUUCCACAACAAUCUCAACAACAAAUCCUGCUGCCCGCCUUCUACGACCAGGAGCCAGUUAGUUUCUACGAUAAUGUUGUACUGCCAGGAUUUAAGAAGGAGUUCAGCGAUAUCCUGCAGCAGGAUCAGGGCUCAGGAUCUGCCGCUGGCGGUGGCUGUCUCUCCGACGAGUCCAUGAUCGACGCCAUCGACUGGUGGGACCAGCACACGCCCAAGUCCGAAGCCCAAGGAGCCACCAUUUAGCCUCAAGUCGCAUUUUUUUUUUUUUUAAUUAAAAUAUAAUUGACUAAGUCAUAAAUAAUUAAUUGUGUAAAUAGUUAAACAAUUAAAGUAAAAAACGGAGAGAAGAAGUCAUCUAGUGAUAUAAACCAAAACAACUAACCAAAAUCUUCCCCUUUAACUAAAAAAUAUCCCUUAAAAAUAAAAAUGCACUAAAAAAACCAAAAAAAAAUAUCAUACCAAUAACUUUAAAUAUUAAGUCAUAAUUAAUGAUAAGUUUAUUAAAGUAAAUAACAUUUUUUUCUCUUAAAAAUCAAUUUUUUUUUCAUAGAUUUUAAUAAUUAAGUUAAGAAUGUUGAG